AUGAAAAUCGAGAAAAAAUUUUUCAAAUUAACUUCACUACAGCUAGCCAGUUUGCAGGAAAUAGAAAGAAUAAAACGGGAAAUGAUGUUCACUCUUCCAGAAUUAACAAGCGAUAUUACUGUCAAGGUAAACACUGAAGCCGAGAAAUCUGCGGCAGUCCGCCGUCCAAUUGAGCCAGUGGGCAGGUACUUUUUGCAACACGCUCAAAGAACAUUAAGAAACCACACCUGGUCUGAAUUUGAAAAGAUUCAGGCCGAAAAGAAUGUCAAGACUGUGGAUGAAAGUACUCAGGAUCCAGAUGAGUUAUUGUUCGACGACGAGCUUACCGAUGAGUCAUUGUUAACUCACGAUCCUAGAGAUUGGAAAACUGCUGAUUUAUAUGCUGCUAUGGGUCUUUCCAAAUUACGUUACAGAGCUAACAACUCUCAAAUCAUCAAAAGUCACAGAAAACAAGUCUUGAAGCAUCAUCCAGAUAAGAAAUCUGCAGCUGGUGCCGGUUUAGAGCAGGAUGGUUUCUUCAAAAUUAUUCAGAAAGCGUACGAAACCCUUACCGAUUCAACCAAGAGAUCCCAGUAUGACUCAUGCGAUUUCAAUGCCGAUGUCGAGCAACCAAAGAAAGGGACCGAAUAUAACUUUUUUGAGGUCUGGGGACCUGUUUUCGAGGCUGAAGCCCGUUUCUCAAAGAAGCAACCUGUUCCAUCUUUGGGAGAUGUCAAUACGCCAAAGAAAGAGGUCGAGCAGUUCUAUUCUUUCUGGCACAGGUUUGAUUCUUGGAGAACUUUUGAAUUUUUGGACGAAGAUGUUCCUGAUGAUUCAUCAAACAGAGACCAGAAACGUUACACUGAAAGAAAGAAUAAAGCAGCUAGAGAUAAGAAAAAGACUGCGGAUAAUGCAAGAUUGGUGAAACUGGUUGAAAGAGUCGCAAAUGAAGAUCCCCGUAUCAAAUUGUUUAAGGAGGAAGAAAAGAAGGAAAAAGAAAGAAAGAAAUGGGAGAGAGACGCAGGUGCAAGAGCUGAAGCUGAGGCUGCCGCCAAAGCUGAUGCUGAAGCUCGUGCAAGAGCUGAAGCGGAUGCCGUUUCCGAGGCCUCUGCCAAGGCAGACAAGAAGAAAGCCAAAGAAACCGCAAAAGCAGCAAAGAAGAAAAAUAAAAGAACCGUUCGUAAUGCUCCAAAAGAAGCUGAUUACUUUGGUGAUUCUGAUAAAGCUGCUGCCAUCGACGAGCAAGUUGGUUUCAUCGUUGAAACCGUUGAUGAUGAGCUAUUAGUCGAAGUUUCAACUAAGAUCAAAUCUUCGCCAUCUACUACCAAGGAAACUCUACAAGAAACUGCCGCUGCUUUAUCCGGUUCUGGAAAACUACCAGCUAGCGUUUUACCUUACUUUUUAUAG